AUGUCUGCAACUCCUAUGGGAUCAUGCCCCCUCGGCGGUAGUUGGUGGAUAUGUCUGAAUCAGUCGCCGACAUUCUUCGGGUGUUGCGCCAGUGAUCCAUGUAAUGGAAUUGGUUGCCCUGAAGAAGACCUCUUACCUGCGGGUAUGGGGACAGCGAGUGGCCCGGAUGCUUCUAGCAACGAUGGAUCAUACUGGCCAAAUGCGGAUUGCCCCAACGGAGGAGUCUGGUAUACUUGCUCCCGACAGACUCCGUCAUUUCAAGGUUGCUGUGACGAUAGCAAUGCACCUGGUUCAAUCGAGAAAUUUGAUCCAUGCCACGAAAAUGGUUGCCCGUCAUCAAGGCUCUACGCUGCAGCAUUCAGUAGCGUUCCAACUACAUCUGCCUCCGUUGUUAUCUCUAAGUCUUCCUCUGUCCCCACUUCGUCGUUGUCUAUUUCGCCAUUUUCAACUUUAUCGUCCUCGACUUCAUCAUCUUCAGCAUUAUCUUCGAUCUCUGCAUCUUCUUCAAAAUCUUCAUUUUCUACCUCCUUAUCCACUGUAGGAAAUUCCGCUGCUGACACCAGUUCGAAUCAAACUCCGUCAUCUCAAGGAUCGGCCACAGCGAGUGCGACAGUAGGUUCAACUGGGCACAGUUUAAACUCAAAACUACCUAUUGCUGCAAUUAUAGGGAGCGCUUUAAGUGGAGUAGUUUUUAUCCUACUUGUUCUCUUAGUUAUCUUUUGCGUCCAACGACGUAAAAAGAGAGCUCCAUUGGCAGGUGCAGUCGAGCCAUAUUAUCAAUCGCCACCUCAAGACAUGACCAUGGUUAAAGUAGCUUCGUCACCUUUCGUAUAUGAAGGCAGCCCUUCAGACGCUAAAGCACCGCAGAAAGAUUAUCGUCCAGUAUCAGAGAUACCAUCAUCUCCACCUCUCAGUCCUGCCCCACCAUAUCAAUCCGCACCUCAAUCUCCAAACUUCUCUAAUUACCAUGAGAUUGACUCUUCUAUUUUACAUGAAGUCGAAUCACCACCUCUUGAACAAAGAUCAUUUAUCACUCGACCAGGGACAGUAGAAAUGCCAGAUACAUCUGAGGAUCCUUUCCGAGCAUCAUUACCGGAAGUCUUGAAGGCGGGAUCUUCCAGAAACUGA